AUGAACGUCUUUUCUAGAUCGACCUUUGCGACGGCCCGCAUCGGUAACCGAACAUGGACUUGCUCGACUUGUCGCGUUCAAUUGGCUCGCGCUAAGCCGCCUCGACAGUUUAUCGCGCGACGAUUUGUCUCGGGCCAGUCGUCGUCACAUGCAAAUGGCGGUGCAAAGUCUGGGCCCAAUGCCAGGCUGAUUCUGUUCGCAUCGACCGGAGCGGCGGCUGGUACGGCGGCGCUGGCCUUUACCGACGAGAUCAAGAACAGCUACGAGGCCGCGGAGAGGACUGGUCGGGUCGUUGCUGCGCUGGCGGUCUGCAUCAAUGAUUACCGGACGACUCUAAACACAAAGGCCACGAUUGAUGACAAGGAACGGCAAGACGAGAUACUCAAGGCAUGUCACAAGCGAUGCGCCGAGCGAACCCUCAAGGUGUUGGAGAAGAAUGGCGGCAUCUUUAUCAAGCUCGGGCAGCACCUGAGUGCCAUGAACUACCUUUUACCUCCGGAGUGGACGACAACGUUUGUACCCUUGCAAGACAAAUGCCCCGUCUCUUCUUUUGCGUCCAUCCAGGAUAUGUUCCGGAAGGACACCCACGAGGAUCUCUGGGACUAUUUUUCUGAGUUCUCCGAAGAGCCAAUUGGCGCCGCCUCGCUUGCGCAGGUGCACCUGGCAACCAUGAAAGACACCGGGCGCAAAGUGGCCGUCAAGGUCCAGCACCCUGAACUGGAAGCCUGGGCACCUCUCGAUCUCGCUCUCACCAGAUAUACCUUCUCGACGCUCAAGCGCUUCUUCCCCGAGUACGACCUCGAGUGGCUGUCGUCGGAAAUGGACGUGUCUCUGCCCAAGGAGCUCGACUUCAGAGAGGAGGCCGAAAACGCCCGUCGCAUGAAGGCGCAUUUCGCCAAAAUCCCCAUGCUGCCUCUUGUCGUUCCCGAGGUCAUGUGGGCGAAGAAGCGCAUCCUUGUCAUGGCUUGCGAAUCCGGCCGGCGACCAGAUGACCUCGAGUACUUGGACAAGAACGGCAUCGAUCGCGACGAAGUGUCGGCAACGCUGGCACGCAUCUUCAACGAGAUGAUUUUCGGCGACGGGGCUCCUCUGCACUGCGAUCCUCACGGCGGCAACCUCGCCAUCCGCAAAAACACCACCCGCCGCGGCCUUGGCCGUGGCCCCAACUUUGACAUCAUCCUCUACGACCACGGCCUGUAUCGCGACAUCCCCCUCCCGCUUAGGCGUUCUUACGCCAAGAUGUGGCUCGCCGUGAUUGACGGAGACAUGGACCGGAUGAAAAAGUACGCCCACGAGGUGGCCGGCAUCAGCGAAGAGGAUUUCCCCCUCUUUGCCUCCGCCAUCACGGGCCGCGAUUUCAGCAUCGUCAGCAAAGAAGGCUCCAUCCUCAAGACGCGAAGCGCAGACGAAGAGCAGAACAUGAGCGGCGCCCUGCAGGAAGGACUCAUCGUUGACCUUGUUCAGAUGCUCGGCCGAGUUCCCCGCAUCAUUCUUCUCAUCCUCAAGACCAACGACUUGACGCGCAGCCUGGAUGAAAACCUCCACACCAGGCAGGGCCCCAUUCGUACCUUUAUGAUCCUCGCGCGGUACUGCACCCGGACCGUCUUCCACGAGCAGCUCGAGGACAUUGUCCACAGCGGAUCGAUGCUCUGGCCCCCGAACGUGAUGCGCGCCUUCACCGCCUGGAUCGGCUUCGUCAGGGUAGAGCUCAAGCUGGAGGCGUUUGAGCUGUGGCUGGGAAUCAAGAGGAUGCUAGGUCUGCGAGGCGUAGAGUUUGGCGGCGGGCCGCUGAGACAGGAGCAGUAG